AUGUCCGAGUCCAUUCCUACCCAAUGGAUAUCGCAGUACAUCAUCAAAGUUGCCGAAACAUGUGGAAAGUCGUUUACUGAUGUCCCUGUCGAAGCCAUUUCACCUAGCAAGAACAAGAGAGUUCAAAUACUCGAAUUUUUAACAUACAACCCAGAUGCAGCAAUAUGGGGGAGAGUGUCUGACAAGGAAUACAGUAUUCCCGUGUGUUUUACUAAAGACGCUGUGUUGCAAUAUAUGAAGGAUUUGCAAGGUCGCAGGCUCACAGAAGCGAAACAUGCCAUCUUUAUCAUAGGGAAAUUUCGCCCCAUCUUCGUACAAAUUCCUGUUGGGAACAAUCGUUCGAAUUUGAGCGAGGAUUGUCAUAUAGCUCUAGAAGUUGGUGUUGUUAAGUUUGUUGGCUCUGGUUUAGGUGUUUUCGGCUCCCCGCAGGAUGUUGAAAUGAACUCUCAAGUGAAGGCAUGGGUUCGCGGACUCCGACGAGGUGGUAAUGGUGGGGAUGUCUUGAAGUGUGAUAAACAAAAUGCAGCAGAUUCACAACUCCAAGAAUGUCCAGUCAUCAGCCAUGUGGAGGCACCUCCCGCACUUCAGGCUCGGGAACCAGAACGUAAUUCACCCCAUAUCGCGCCAAAACGUCCUGUCCGAAGGGCCGAUCUGAUGAGGGAAUACCGCAAGCGCUUUGCGCAUGCCGAGAACGAUAUCUGGACAUGUACAAUGAAGCCUCCCGUUGAUGACAAAGUGCAAACCCUCACCGGUGAACAACCUCAAAUGGGCCAGCUGCUUGUCGAAGAGUGUAUACCUCCUGAUACAGUGAUCGUUGUCGCAAGGCCUCAACCCUGUACCCCGCCGCGCAUACGUACACCUGAGCAAGACAUAAAUCAGCAGACUACACCCGGAGUCUCAGAAUGGCCUUCAUCUGCGCCCGGAAGCCCUGCUGGAGUACUGCCAUCUCCGGCUCACGAUGGAGACGAUAAUCUUCCAAAUGACCACGCAAACGCAGAAGCUCCUGCGGAGGAAAACGGUUCCCUCCACGAACCCUCCACACCCCCUACUACUUCGCCCCUUCGCCCGCCCACACCCGCGCAGCGUAUCAGACGGCCAAUUCUUCCUCCGUCCCCUUCAGUUUCGUCCCCCAUACCUGCGCCACCUUCCCCACUUCCUAUACUCAUUCGUAGAAACAUAAAGCGAAGAGUUCCUCACCCUGGUGUGACGCCGUUACCUCCCGAUCACUCAGGUCCAACUCAGAUUCUUGUCCCCAAUUCUGAUACUUCGGGCACUCAAUCUCAGUCUCAAUCUCAACCACAGUCGGAACCUCCAUCGCAACUGCUCUCCCAAUCACAGUCACAUCGACCUCCGUUUCCAUCCCAGCUGACGCAAGAAUUCAAGCCAGGACCGACGUCAACACCGGCUGCCGUCAAGCAGGGUGUCUCAGGCACAGGGCGUGGAACUUCGGUGAUGCCUCCAGGCGACCAACUCGAAAGUCAUUGGGGUGGUGAUCAUGCUUCUUCUCCAGGUGUCAUCAGUUGGGACGUUCAUGAGAAACUUGGCCAUGACGGUCAUCAACCGUCCGACACCAAUCCAGAUGCGCAUCAAGUCCUACAACAAUCGACGGCGGAAAAUCCUGACAUGAUGGAUGUUGACGCGGUCAAUGGUGUCAAAAUUACCGCUGUUGUGCCUACCACACCCCCACAAGCACCCGAAGACCCAUUGGACGAAUACAAACUCAUAAGGGACACUUCACCGCAACCCUCCAAUUCGUCUAUGCAUUCCUUGUUCUCUGGUUCCCCUAGUCUUUCACUAUCCCAGUCCGAAGUCAUACCCUCCGUUAUACAAACGGCCUCCCCACUCCCAGGCGAACCAACAAGCCGGAUCCCUUCACAUGAUGCAGAGGCUUGGAAGGCACCCAGUUUCAUGAACUCUUGGAAGGGUAAAGGCAAGGCUACAGAAGUGCUUGACAAGACAUCCGAGACGCACAAAAGAAGACGGGCGUCGCGCACAUCUUCGUCUCCACUCGCUUCUCACAAGCGCAGAAAAGUUGUGGCGGACGAAACGCUGGAACCUAGACUCGCAAGGCCUGUCAAUAAAGACGAAAGAGCAAGAUCCACCGUCCCAAAUGGCAAGGGGAACCACGCCAUCACAUUGGAUAUCAUGGAGUCACACAAAGAGAGUCCAAGCAUCAAGCAAUCAUCGUCGUGUAGGAUAUCCAAAGAUUUAAGCCAAGUACUGGACGCGUCGUUCUCUCGGAGCAUCAACAAGAAGCGCAGGACGCGUUUAAUGGGCUACCAGGUCGACUUUGAGGAUAUUCCUGCCAAAGCUGAAUCUUCAAGUCCAAUGAUGAACCUGGGACGUUGUCGUACCAUGUUACUGCGAAGCGGAAGAAUACGGACGCUUGGCGACAAGGUGACCAGAGAUGGGAGUAUAUAUAUUAUGUCUGAUUAA